AUGUUUCCCCGAGACUGUCAACAACAGCAACUUGAGAGCGGGAAAACGAAGUAUAAAUAUAUACGGGACGACGACCUUCUUUAUAGACAUCAGAAAAUAACAGCAAGUAGUAGUAACACCACUAUAAGCAGCAGCAUCACCAGCGGUGCCGACACCAGCAGCAAUGGUGACUGCAGCAGCCACGAUGAUGACGACGGCGAGGAGGAGGAGGAGGAUGUUGAUGAAGAUGAGGAAGUACUUGUGACUGUGACGACAGAUGGCGGUGGGGAGGCUCACUGUGUCUGUGUGUUUAUUUUUCCUGUUUAUUUUCUCACCCACUCUUUUAGUCUUUAUCUAUUGCUCGCCCUUUUCUCAAUAUUUUGCCAUCUCCGCUCAGAUCACAUCUAUGAAAUCUCCAUGUGCGGGUGUGCCUACUCCCCGAUUCUUUUUCCCCUGUCCAUUUUCUCCCGCUGCACGAAAAACCUUCAUAUUCGGGUGAAGGGUAGAAAUAAGGAACUUUGA